CCAUUCCUCGAUUAUAUAGAUUCGCUAAUUCGUGUCCCGAGACCAGGAAUCGAUUACUUCCCAGCAGCCAUCCCGCCGGGCAUCGCAAAGAUGGCAGCGAUUCGAAAAAAAUGGUGCCAGCCCAGCAUCUUGACGUGGAUCCGUCACGCCACUCUUCCCGCCAAAUCUCCCCGUUCUCGCUGCCAAGUACUCUCCCGCCUUUAAAUUCCCGCCACCUCUCCACCUUCCUUCCGUCGCAACGCUUCCCCUCUCCGUCUCCCCACCGCAAACCCUAAGCCUAGUCCUAACUUUCCCUUCUAAUGACUUCUUCCCGUCGCCUCAGCAAUGGCCGCUCUCCUCUGGUCCGGAAACAGAGCCAGAUCACCUCCUUCUUCUCCCCCGGUAAGGGUUCCCAAGAAAAACACAGUCCCAGUCCAAGCCCUAACCCUAACCCUAGCUCUAGCCCUAGCCCUAGCUCUAAGCCUAGUCCGGAUCUUUUUCCGUCCCUACGGAAGAAGAAUAAGCCCCUUCUAGUAAUCCCUUCUAUUCCCGCUUCCAAACCUAGAACCCCGCUGACCGCUGGGGAGAGGGCCUACUCCGAGGAGGUGGUCGGGAGGAGGAUCAGGGUCUUCUGGCCCCUCGACAAGGCAUGGUACGAGGGCAGUGUCAAGUAUUUCGAUGAGGCCUCCGGGAAGCACCUGGUCCAAUACGACGAUGCUGAGGAAGAAAGCUUGGACCUUGGGAAAGAGAAGUUCGAGUGGGUCGAAGAAGAGCCCUCGAGGAAACUCCGACGGCUGAGGCGGAUGUCGAGUCCUGUGGAGACGCCGUGCAGUGCAGGGGAUGUGGAGGAGGACGGGAGCAGUGUAGAGGAUUCUACCGAUGAUGAGGAGUGGGGUAAGGGGAUGGGGAAGGACAUGGUGGAGGAUGACUCAGAGGAGGAGAUUGUUGUAAGCUCGAGAAGGUCCCGGUCGGGGAGUUCUUCAGGGUCUAGGAAAAGGAAGAAGAUCGAAGUUGAAAAGUUGGACUGUGCUAAAAAGGUUAGAUUUGAUGGAGACGGAGAGAAGAGUACAUCAAAAGCCUCUUUGAGCAGCAUCAGAAGCAGCACUGUUGGGUCCUUGAGCAAUUCUGAGAGAGGGCAUGUUUUGUAUAAUCUUGAUAGCACUCUAACUGGUGAAGCAGCUGAACGGUUUGGAAAAAGGGAAGCAGAAAGAUUUAGGUUCCUUGGGCAAGGGCGGAAAGAUGCUCAUGGGAGGCAGCCUGGAGAUGCAGAUUAUGAUCCAAAAACUCUGUACUUGCCCCCAGAAUUCUUGAGGAGUCUGUCAGGAGGACAGAGGCAAUGGUGGGAGUUCAAGUCAAGGCAUAUGGAUAAGGUCUUGUUUUUCAAGAUGGGAAAGUUUUAUGAGUUGUUUGAAAUGGAUGCACAUAUUGGAGUCAGGGAGCUUGAUUUGCAAUAUAUGAAGGGAGAACAGCCUCAUUGUGGUUUUCCUGAAAAGAACUUUUCGAUGCAGUUGGAGAAAUUGGCUAGAAAGGGUUACCGAGUUCUUGUUGUGGAACAGACAGAGACACCUGAGCAGCUUGAACUUCGUCGUAAAGAGAUGGGGUCUAAAGAUAAGGUCGUGAAACGUGAAAUAUGUGCUAUAGUCACAAAAGGAACACUGACUGAUGGAGAAUCGCUAUUGACAAAUCCUGAUACUUCUUACCUAAUGUCGAUUACUGAAAAUGGCCAAUGUUUUGAGAACCAAAAGGAAGGAGAGACAAUUAUAGGACUCUGUGUGGUUGAUGUUUCCACAAGCAAGUUCAUGAUAGGACAGUUCGAAGAUGAUUCAGAUCGUCACUGUUUAUGCUCAAUAUUAUCUGAAUUAAGGCCUGUGGAGAUCAUAAAGCCUUCUAAAGUGCUCAGUCCUGAAACUGAGAGAGUCUUGCGGAACAAUACAAGAAACCCUUUAGUUAAUGAUUUGGUUCCUUUUACAGAAUUUUGGGAUGCUGAGAAAACUAUUGGUGAGGUCAGAAAAUAUUACAGCCUAUCAAGGAGACUACCAGCAUCAGCAAAUGACAGCAUUUCUGCUAAUUUUGAUAAUCUGGUGAAUGAUUCAUUGGCCUUACCAGAUAUGUUAGCUGAGCUGGUGAGUGCAGGCAAUGAUGGAUUAUAUGCCCUUUCUGCUCUUGGAGGCUGCCUGUUUUAUUUAAGGCAGGCAUUUCUGGAUGAAACAUUGCUUAACUGUGCUAAAUUUGAGCCACUUCCAUGCUCAGAUUUUUUCAGCACUAUUCAGAAUUCAUAUAUGAUACUUGAUGCAGCAGCGCUCGAGAACCUGGAGAUAUUGGAGAAUAACAGAAAUGGAGGUCCCUCAGGGACACUCUUUGCACAGUUGGAUCAUUGCGUUUCGGCAUUUGGCAAAAGAUUACUUAAACGAUGGCUUGCUAGACCACUGUAUAAUACAAGGUCCAUUUUAGAACGUCAAGAUGCCAUUGCAGCUAUGAAGGGCAUUGGUCUUUCAUCUGCGCUUGAAUUUCGAAAAGAAUUAUCAAGGCUUCCAGACAUGGAACGUUUGCUUGCACGCCUCUUUGCUAGCUGUGGGGCUAAUGGAAGAAAUUCCAACAGAGUGGUUCUUUACGAGGAUGCAGCAAAGAAGCAACUCCGAGAUUUUAUUGCUGCUCUCCGUGGUUGCCAGUUAAUGGUCCAAGCAUGUUCUUCCCUUAGUACUAUACUAAGCACUACAGAAUCUAGUCUGCUCCAUUAUUUAUUAACACGAGGCAAAGGGCUUCCAGACAUGUGUUCACUUGUUAGUCAUUUCAAGGAUGCCUUUGAUUGGUCAGAAGCUGAUCGCAGUGGGCGCAUUAUACCUCAUGAAGGAGGUGAUGUUGAAUAUGAUCUUGCAUGUAAAACAGUGAAAGAGAUUGAAUCUGCUCUGACAAGGUACCUGAAGGAGCAACGCAAGUUGCUAGGAGAUGCAUCGAUAAACUAUGUCACUGUUGGGAAAGACUUGUAUCUACUUGAGGUACCUGAGAGCUUGAGGGGUGCUGUUCCUAGGGACUAUGAGUUACAAUCAUCAAAGAAGGGGUAUUUCAGAUACUGGACACCAAAAAUAAAGGAGUUCUUGUCAGAGCUUUCUCAAGCUGAGGCGGAUAAAGAAUCUAAGCUCAAAGGCAUUCUUCAAAGGUUGAUUAAGUAUUUCAGUGAGCAUCAUAGCAAGUGGAGACAGUUGGUUUCUGUAACUGCAGAGCUAGAUGUUUUAAUUAGUCUGGCAAUUGCAAGUGACUAUUAUGAGGGACCGGCAUGCCGCCCAGUCAUUAUGGAACGAUGCCAUUCAGAUGAUAAACUUCCAUGUUUGUCUGCUAAAAGUCUGGGACAUCCCAUUCUCCGAAGUGAUGCCUUAGGCAAGGGUUCUUUUGUGCCCAAUGAUGUAAGUAUUGGUGGGGCAGGGCAUGCCAACUUUAUCCUUCUCACAGGCCCGAAUAUGGGUGGUAAAUCAACUCUACUUCGCCAAGUCUGCUUGUCUGUGAUUUUGGCACAGCUUGGAGCAGAUGUUCCUGCAGAAAGCUUUAAGCUCUCUCCUGUUGACCGCAUCUUUGUUCGAAUGGGUGCAAGGGAUCAUAUUAUGGCUGGCCAAAGCACAUUCUUGAUGGAACUUUCAGAGACUGCUUCAAUGCUGUCUUCUGCCACCCACAAUUCUCUAGUGGCAUUAGAUGAGCUUGGUCGGGGAACAUCGACUUCUGACGGACAAGCUAUUGCCGCAUCUGUUUUAGAAUAUCUUGUUCAUCGGAUAGAGUGUCGAGGCUUGUUUUCUACUCAUUAUCAUCGUUUAGCUGUAGAAUAUGAGAAAGAUACCAAGGUGUCACUGUGUCAUAUGGCUUGCCAAGUUGGAAAGGGAGUUAGCGGAUUGGAAGAAGUUACUUUUCUUUAUAGACUGACUCCUGGUUCAUGCCCCAAAAGCUAUGGUGUUAAUGUUGCUCGUUUGGCUGGAAUACCUGCCUCUGUGCUUCAAACUGCCAUGGCAAAAUCAAGUGAAUUUGAAGCUGGUUAUGGGAAGCGCAAGCAUGAAAGUGAAGGUGAGCUUCCAGAUUUUAUCAAGGAUCUGCUUUGUGCUACUGAGAGAUGGAGCUGCCAAAAGGAUUUCCAUGCGAUAAAUUUAAAUUUACUCAGUGAAUUACAAAAGAGAGCUAGGUUGCUUGUGCUCGAAAGCUGAAUCCCAGUUUUCCGAUCUGAGAAUGGUUUUGCGGUCGAAGAAUUCAAGUGAUUUGCUUGAGUGCCAUUUUUGUUUAGAGGUCCACACAGUGAAGCUUGCACGUGUGGUGCUGAUUUGCUCUCGAGACCACUUUCGUCGAUGAAUUCUUCAUAUAUAGAAGCCCUACGCUUGCUGUUCGAUGAAUGGACCAGGAGAGCUUUACCUUUAUAUGUAAAUGACCGCCGAAACACAUUUGGCUGCUUUGGCGUUCGAGAUGGAUAACAGCAUGACUAGCAUGAGCCGUGAGACACCUAGGCCAGGUUGGUCAUAAUCUGGUGGUGGUGCUAUUAAUCUCUACAUGUAAAGUGACCCUCAAGAUAAUUGUGCAUGUGGCAAGAGGAAAAAUCAUUUGUUGGGGAGGUUUGCAACUUUUGCUUAGUUAUCAAUGAAAAAUUUUGUAUAAAA